AUCUCAAUCUCGAUGCCAUUGUUGAACGAAGAGGUUCAUCGGUUCAUGAGUAGUGAGCGGUCGAUCUAGAGAUUUGGAUUGUAUUGUAUUCUUGUCUCAUUCGUUGGUCAUAUCCCAUCCAUUCAUUGUCAUGGCGGAAGCGGGCUGCAACGGUUUAAAUUAUUCAAGAGUUGAUACUUUACUUUUGCAACAGGUGUUGAAUAUAUUGCAGGAAGAAUCUGUUUUAGAGACCGGCCCAAAUGACGCUGUUGUCAAUUUUCAACACCCUUUUAAGUUAAAGGAGUCUUGGAUAUUCCAAGAGUUAGGGGUGGCUGCCUCCACUGAAGAGAAGCUCGUUGAAGCUAUGAGAGAAGUAAUACAACACAGUGUGAAGACUCAUCACCCUCUCUUCCUCAACCAGCUGUACGGAGGAACUGACCCAUACGGACUAGCAGCCGCCUGGUUAACAGAGGCACUCAACACCAAUCAGCAUACAUUUGAGGUUGCUCCAGUGUUUACAAUCAUUGAGAGAUCAGUUAUUGGAAGACUUCUUUACCAACUAGGAUAUGAAGAUGGAGAUGGCAUUUUCACCGCUGGAGGAAGCAUGGCAAACAUGUAUGCCAUGGUGCUGGCGAGGUACAAGACUUGCCCUGAAGUGAAGAAACAGGGACUUUGGUCUUGCUGCCCUCUGGCAGUUUUUGUCUCUUCUGAAAGCCACUAUUCCUUCCUGAAGGCAGCACACUGGCUAGGUCUGGGUCUGGACAGUGUGUAUGAGGUUGCGUGUGACAGAGAAGGACGUAUGUUGCCAGACGCUCUGCACACCAAAGUGCGUGAGGCUGUGGACCAAGGGAAACUGCCAUUCUUCGUCAAUGCCACUGCGGGAACCACUGUACUCGGGGCAUUUGAUCCAUUCAAUGCGAUCGCUGAUAUCUGCGAGAAGUUCAACAUUUGGUUUCAUAUAGAUGCUUGCUGGGGUGGAGCAGUCAUGUUCUCAAAGAAGUAUAACUACCUUUUACAAGGUGCUGAGAGGUCAGACUCAAUCGCUUGGAACCCUCACAAGAUGUUAGGAGCUCCUUUGCAAUGCUCUGUUAUACUUUUGAAAAACAAGGAUCUUCUCCACCAAUGCAACAGUUCCGGGGCGACGUAUCUCUUCCAGCAGGACAAGUUCUAUGACACAUCGUAUGACUUGGGGGACAAGAGUGUGCAGUGUGGACGCAAGCCAGACUCUUUCAAGUUGUGGCUGAUGUGGCGUGCCAGGGGCGACGCAGGGUUUGGCCUGCUAGUAGACAAGGCAAUGGAACUGUCUAAGUAUUUCCUGAAAAUGAUCACAUCCAUAGAAGAGUUUCGAUUGGUUCUGCCCGAGUUUCAGUUCACUAACAUCUGUUUCUGGUACAUUCCUAAGUGUCUGCAGAGUCUCCCAGAAACUGAGGAGUGGUGGGACAGAGUUGGGAAGGUUGCUCCUCUAAUCAAGGAGAAAAUUGUUCUCAAAGGAAGUUUAAUGAUUGCAUAUCAACCACUGAAGCAAAGGAAGCUCCCGAACUUCUUUCGAUUGGUGCUGACUUGUCACCCGGAGCAUACAGAAUGUGACUUGGAUCGAGUGAUUGAAGAAAUAACAAUAGCAGGGAACAACAUUCAAGUUUGAUCAAAACAGAACUUUUAUAGCCACAAGUAGAUUAUUUCAAAGGUCAAAAAGGAUCUUUGGAUUCAUCUGUAUUAUUAGUCUUUAACAUCACUUCAAGGUAAUUUUCCAAUUAUUGUUAAAAUGUAAUAACUUCUACAUAGGUAAAGGCGCCAGUGAAGUGUCAUGUACACUGAUAACCCAUUAUGUGCCAUUUUUCUAUGUGCAGUAUAAUAUGCUCCUCAAUGCAUAUCUGAGGAUUAGCCAGUGGUAAUUAUGAUUGAAAUAUAUUUAUAUACAAAGUGAAAUGAAAUAAGUGAAAUGCUACUUAAAAAUACAACUACAAAAGACUUAUCGACCAGUCUUUAUCCAGUAAGUGACCUUUGACUUAAUAUAUUUUCAUUACAAUUUUAUAUUUCAAUUAAAUUAUACAACCUAGUUUAGUUUGAAACCUAUGAAUGACCGUGGGUGUAUUUGCAUGAAACAGAAAAAUAUCCGAUAUUUAAUCAAAUGAGAAUGAUAUCUCACUGGUGCCUUUACCCUAUAAGCAUUAACCUAACCAUCUAAACUUUCAAAUUGUAUUUUUAUACUCAUGCAUUAAAUUGAACUGUUAUUUAUAGUAAUUGUAUAUUUAUAUCUUUAUAAUUUAUUUAGUGGUUUAGAGAAUCAAUGAUACAAAGCUUUAAAUAAACAAAACUCUAUGGUGUAUGAUUGCAAUAUACUCAAUCGAUAUACAGUA